CUAGUGCAGCACGCAGUCAACAGAAUCCGUCUACGUUCAACUUGCGCGGUGUUCUCGCGUUUUGCGCUGAUGUGCAUAUUAUUUUGAGGCCACACUUUUAUCGAACCAACAUGAGGAUAGGUCCUGUAAAGAAAAUUGCGGCUGGUUUUCCCACCGACAUGAGCAUGCUGCUGGACCGGUUUGUAGUUACGAACUCAGUUCGUUAUGAAGGAUUUGCGAAGCUGUGGAGAGAAGCUAAGUUUCCUCUGAUAUUUUGCGGAAGAAAGGAUUUACGUGAAAUGCGUCAAUUUAUAGACGAAACAUUCAGCAUAAUCUUGCAGUUGUGGGUUCCUACAAGCAACUUCCAAGAAAAAGUGUUUGCCCUAUACAUGCUGUAUGGCAUGUACACCAUGCAGCCUAUAACACCGAAAGUAAAGAUUAGGAUCAAGAUGAAUCACUGGGCCAUGUCACAAGAGCUUCUUCAACAGUCAGCGAAAGAACAGCAUCUCGACAUCUGUUACAUCAUUCAUCGCAUGAGACAAGUGCACAGCUUCCACUUUGUGGCUUUUCUGAAAUUGAGGAGCCCAGCCCUCCUUGCUGAAAAGGAAGAAGAGAACAAUUCCAUUUCGGAGAUGACCAUGAAAGUGUACUCCAAUAUGCACGACAUGAUGAAAGGAGGCCUUCUAGAGCAACUUUCUUUGAUCCACAACCAAUACACAUGCAUGAGGUCAAUGCAGGAUACCCCAUCUGUGAGUCAGCUCGAUAUGGUGCGGCAGAACAUCUUUGAAGAUCUCGGCCGAGAGGUGUCAAAGCUACAAGCCAAAUACAAGGUUCGACUAGAACAAGAAAAGGAUGACGCUCUGCCUAAUCCUGCCGGGGACUCAGAUGAUGAUUCAGACACAUCAAACGUGGGGACCCGAAGGAAAAGAUUACGUCAAAGACAAUUUGCUAAGACUUCUCAGACACGGAAGGGACGACGCUACGACGAGUUAGUCAUCGAUGAAGAUGCAGAUGACAACACUUCCCCUGACGUAGCAGAUAAAAGGUCCCCCCAAUGCAAACGCAGCAGAAAGGAUGCACCGGCAAAAGCCAAGUCUGCGACAGCAAAAUCCAAGCCUGUGACGGCUAAAUCUAAGCCUGCUAAAUCUAAGCCUGUUAAAGCCAAGCCUGCUAAAGCCAAGCCUGCUAAAGCCAAGCCUGCUGGGCCAAGUACAAACGUCGAAAAGGAAUCUGUUGGGCCCCAGAAGGUUGGAAGGUCACGAAGUCGUCCGACAAAGUCCAAGAUGACUGCUGCUGCAUCAAGUGAAAAUGUGGCUACAGGGAACAGCACGGACAAUGCAAGUGCUGAAGCAGCGGCACCAGUGGGGGAUGCGGCGCAACGUAAACCCCAAGCUACUCAAAAGAAACGAGGUAGUGGAAGGCCAAAGAAAAGUGCAGAAUCUAGCAGAUGAGAAGCAGGUGAAAGCGCGGACGCACAGCCCAGGACAUCAAAGAACCAAAGUCCGAAGUCAGAUUUGGAAGGCCAGACACACUCUAAGAAAGCGAGGAAUACAUGACAGGAGUAGACGCAGUUGCAUAUUGUGCAGAAUCUUGUUACUAUUGUGGUCAGUAAAUGUUCGUUAUUUUGGCUA